AUGCUGCGCGUCCUCCAGAUGUCAGGGGAGGAAGUUGCGGCGGUGCCCGCCGAGGAGCUCAGCGACGUGAAGGCUUUGAAGCAGCGCUUGCAGCAGCAACAUGGCAUGCCUCCGCGAUUCAGACAGAGGCUGCUUCUCCAUGACACGCAGGCCAUCUUGGAUGACACGGCCGAGCUGGAGGGUGGAAUGACUCUCCAGCUGCUUUUGCUCAAUUUCAACGAGCCCUCCCAAGCUGCAACGGAUGAGCUCACCACAGCAGCCAGCCACGGUUCUGCUGUUCAGGUCGAGUCCAUCUUGCUGCGGCCAGAGGACCCCGACUUGGAGGACGCACAUGGCAAAACACCGCUUGUCGCUGCAUCCGUUUUUGGCCGACUUGAAAACGCGCGCUUGCUGCUGGAGGCACGUGCAGACAUCCACAAGGCCGGCGAGUUUCGACAGGCAGCUGGGCAGCCUCCAUGGGCUGUACAGCCUCUAUGGGCAGCGUCACACCACGGCCACGUGGAUCUUGUGCAGCUCUUGGAGGCCAGUGCCGAUAAGGACUGGGCCGAGGACCGUCAGGGCAGGACAGCUUUGAUUGUGGCCUCUGAUAAAGGAAAUUCCGAGACUGCGAAAGUGCUUCUGGGCGCUGGCGCCGACAGGGACCUGGCCAUGAACCAGGGCUUCACGGCUCUGAUGCUUGCCUCUCAGAAAGGCCACUCCAACACUGUGAAAGUGCUAUUGGACGCAGGUGCCAAAAAGGACCUGGCCACCGACCACGGCGUCACGGCUUUGAUAUUUGCCUCUCUUAAUGGACAUUCGCAGACAGUGAGGGUGCUGCUGGAAGCCGGUGCUGACACGGACCUGGCCGACAGCGAAGGCUGCACUGCCCUGAUUCUGGCCUCUGGCAAAGGUCAUCUUGAGACAGUCUUGCUGUUGCUGGAGGCCGGUGCCAGCAAAGACCUGGCCAGGAACAUGGGCUACACCGCGUUGAUCCUGGCCUCUGCAAGGGGCCGUGUGGAAGUGGCCCGCAUGCUGGUGGAAGCGGGCGCUGACAAGGACAGGGCAGGCCACCAUGGCACAACAUCUUUGAUGGCUGCAGCCAGGGGUGGUCAUGCCGGAGUUGCUCGUUUUUUGCUGCUGGAGGCCGGCGCUGACAAGGACCUGGCCGACCACAAAGGCAGGACGGCUCUGACGCUGGCCUCCAAAGCAGGCCAUGGUGAGAUCGUCACGUUGCUGGAGGAUCGGAAGCGGCCGAGGUUGCAGUGA